AUGGGCAGACAGAAUCUGACGGUGCCAGCUGACCUCAUUCUGAGUGCGGUCUCCAGCCUGCCUGAGCUGCAGGUCCCCCUGUUUUGGAUCUUCCUCAUCAUCUACACUACCACAAUGGUGGGCAACCUGGGCAUGAUCCUUUUGACCAAGCUCGAUGCCCACUUGCACACCGCCAUGUACUUCUUCAUCAGACACCUGGCUUACAUGGACCUGGGUGAUGCCACUGUCAUUUAUCCUAAAAUGCUGGUAAAUUUUGUUAUGGGUCAGAAUACCAUUUCUUUUUAUUCAUGCGCCACACAGAUGACCUUCUUUGUUACAUUCAUCAUCAGUGAACUUUUCAUCUUGUCGGCCAUGGCCUAUGACCGCUACGUGGCCAUCUGCAACCCUCUGCUCUACCACAUCCUCGUGUCUCAGACACGUUGCCACGUGCUGGUGGGCAUUCCGUACCUCUACAGCACCUUUGUUGCUCUCCUGAUCACCAUUAAGACUUUCAUAUCAACAUUCUGUAGCUCUCAGAUCAGUCAUUUCUACUGUGAUGAUGUUCUUGUGUCACUUAUGCUGUGUUCAAACGGACAAGAUAUAGCAUUGAUGAUCAACCUAUUUGCAGGUUUUAAUGUGACCUCCUCCUUCCUGUGCAUAUUAUUAUCUUACUUUAUGAUUCUCCUAGCCGUAUUUCGGAUGCAUUCUGCAGAAGGUAGAAAAAAAGCUUUCUCUACGUGUGCGUCUCACCUGACCGUGGUGGUGGUUUUCUACGGAACUAUUUUCUUCAUGUAUGUGCAGCCCAAGUCUGCUCAGUCUUCUGAUAUUGAUAAACUCUCCUCCGUGUUUUACACUUUAGUGAUCCCCAUGCUCAACCCACUGAUCUACAGUGUCAGGAACAAAGAAGUCAAAAAUGCCUUCCACAGGGUCUUCAGGAAGAAGUUUAAAGUUUGUACAUAG